AAGGUUAGAUAUAAAGUAAAAUAAUUGUUCUUCCACUAAAGUUGUCGCGUAAACAUCUGUUACAAGUAAGAAGCGUUUAAGCUUUAAAUAAGAGAUAAGUUCACUGUACUUAAAAAUGACUAAUCUUUCAAUUACGGCUUCGUUCAACGAUCGAAGCCGUCUCUAUAAACAGCGUUAACUUACGAUUACAGUAGACUUAUAAUACAUUAAAAUAAAUUAACCGAUUCUACCACAACGAGGCGUGGACGACCAUGAUAGAUAAUAGGAUAACAGAAGCGAAUGCGUGAAAAUUAUCACACUCUUAUUUGACUCUUAUCGAUUACCAGUGUGGUCAGUAGUCGGUUAUCGACUGGUAGAGCACACAAUUUGAACUUAAUAGAGCAAAAAGCUGACGCGUCGAGGUCAAUGUACGAGAUGUUAUUGAAAGAAAGAAAAUGAGAAGAAAGACUAACUUUUCAAAUCGUGUUUAAAUCAUCAAUUGAAUUAAUAAUGGAACUGGUUGUAACACCAAUUAUUAUUAUCGAUAUAGGAACAAAUUUUUUGGUUUAUGUUUAAAUUGUACUUAAUCCAAUGCUAAGUACGAUCGAGCUUCUACUUCUAAUCGAAUUAUUAUUUAAUUAAUUUAGAGAUCAUAAAAACAUUAACUAUAUAACAAAAUAAUGCGUUGUAUGACUGGUUACUCGAUUUAAACUUUAUUUGAUAAAAUUUUCAUUUCAUCAAACAUUACCAAAAUAUAAUGAAUAUUAUGUGAAAAACGACCUACACAUAUGAUAAUAAUGUUUUGAACCUACGUCACGUAGCAGAACAAGAGCUGUUUCUGCAUCAAUGAUUCAAUUCUGUAUUGCCAUUAUGGAAACGCCUUUCACCAUGAAACUGCUUCACCCAUUUGCGCACAAACAUACUUAAUUCGUGGUCGGCAUAGACUUUUGUGUGGUAAACCUGAUCAAACUAGAACUGAUUUAAGUUUGUAGUACAAAACUGCUCUCAAAGAUCUCAAGCUGAAUAAUUUAAUAGAAGAGUGUACAAUAAUUACUUUUACUUCACAACUAUUCAAUUCCAGGCUUAGAAAUUUGUAAUUUACAACAUAAUUCCCUACUUUCGAAGUUCGUGCAAAAUUCCAGAAAAAAAAUUGCAACAGAAUUCUUAAAUCUUAUUCCACUUAUAGUAACAUUUCUAUACUAUAAAAAAGAUCUUGACAUGAAUUUCCAACAUCAUCGAAGUAUUAACACAUUUAUCCAACUACUCAUUCUGCUCUCCAAAAUUAUUAAGCAUACCCAGCCUCGCAACCGAUCGAUCCAUCGAUCAAUGAAAACAACAAUCGCUCAGCCGCUACCUACAUGCACUUCAAGCACGCGAUGCUUGCCAAUCAUUCAUUCUGCCCGACGAGUCGCGCUUGCUAUCAGGUCACUAAACAGUCGCGUCGGGUUCAUGCAUCUGCGAGGAACAUUUACAUACAUGCUAGCUGUGGCACGCAACCAUCCAGAGUGGUAAUAGCACCGUGUACACACAGGGAAAGGAGAGAAACGAACACUAGCUUGGUAGGGAAGCGAUGUGUCUAAUGGAAGGGGAAGAGAGCAGGAAACGGUGCGCUACGUAAGACGCGAGGGGAUCGUGAGUCGAGUGGCCAACGAGCCCCGGAGUAUCCGAUUCACCGUCGUACCGCGUGGAACGGGUAUCAUUCCUUCUGGCGCUCGUUUAUACUGUUCCCUUGAAUCCUCUUCGCGAUUCCCAGAAACAGUGAUCUCCUCGCGAUAUUACCGGCUGAAGUGCACGACUAUAGAAUGCAUCCGGGGGGGGAGUAUCGGCAACUAGAUGGUCAUUUCGCAACCAGACGCUGACUCGUUCACGCUUUCCGAAGGAAAAGUAAAGUAUUGCGACACGAAGUAACGAGCGUAGUUUCAGUGAAGGUAACUCGAUGGUCUUGCCAUUUAAACGUGGUUCACCAGUGGCUCGUGCGUGUGUUAAGUGAAAAAGUGAUCGCAUCGUUGGUGGAUUGAGUGUCUGAACAAAGAAGAGAGAAGUGUGAACCGCUUAGUAGAUAAAACUUGAAGAGAAGAACGAAAAACGAAAUGUUAAUUGAAGAUGAUGUAGGAAAGAAGAACGUGAUGAAUUAGUAUUUAAAAAAUAUAUAUAUAGAAAAUAUAGAAAUACGAAGCUUGUUCGUUGUAGUCUUUGGAAGACUUUGGAAGACAAAAGAAAUUGGAACUUCCUUACAUUCAAACUUACCUUUUGCAAUAAAACAAUAGAAAGAAAUAGAGAUGGAGGAACCAACAACAGCUACUGUUUUACUGAUAGCAAAAAUAGGAGCAAUGAUUGGUCUUGGCUUUGGCUCUUUACUUCUGGGAAUGUUACCGCUGAUUGUCGGACGUUAUAGAAUGAAUCAUCGUCAAAAACGAGAUCGCGGAAUUUUCAGUAAUUCCAGUACCUGUACCUCCACAUCAAUCUCAAACGCCUCUUCCUCCAGUGUAAUUUCUGCAUCUGCAACGAAUUCACAAGGCCUGCAAACAUCGUUGCUGCUUUGCUUUGGCGGAGGCGUUCUCCUGUUCACCACAUUCUUGCAUCUAGCCCCGGAGGUCCGCGUGAGCGUAGAAAGACAUCAAACGAACGGUCAACUGCCUACUCUAGGCACGCUAAAUCUGUCGGAGCUGCUAUUCUGCGCCGGAUUCUUUCUCGUCUACUUCGUUGAAGAGGCGGUGCACGCAGCGCUGACGGGAAAACCCGAGUCAUCAGAGGCGCUACUCUAUAGAACGGUGUCCGUACGUAGAUGCAACAAUCAAACAGGUGCGUCAACAACUACGAACAGUGGUUCGACCACCACGGUCUCCAUCACGGCUAGGUCCACCUGGAAGGAUGGUAACGACGAAUUAGAAGACGGCGAGAACGAAUUAAACAAACGAUCUAGACAACACGGCUUGGAUGAUUUUCGCGAUGGCAAACAAGAUAAGAUGUUACCUGCCAUAUUUGUCCUAUCUACCCCUACGGGAUUGUCUUCCACGCAGCGCAGUCCUCAGGAUGGCACGAGAUAUCCUUCUAAUACAGAUUAUCCAAGAAUGAAACAUCACGAACAUAACCAUUCCGUUAUGACAAAAAAUACAUCGGUACAAGGAUUAUUAACAGUACUAGCUUUAUCCUUUCAUGCAAUUUUCGAGGGUCUAGCAGUAGGUCUAGAACCCUCUAUUGGUUCCGUCGUAUAUCUGGCUGCUGCUAUAGCUACGCAUAAGUUGGUAAUUUCAUUCUGCGUCGGUAUGGAACUUUACGUUGCUGGUGCCUCAAGUAGAACUACUCUUGGAUACCUAACGAUAUUCUCAAUGGUAACACCAAUUGGCAUUGCCGUUGGAUUGGCUCUUGGUCAUUUUAAGAAUGACAGCGAAAAUUUAGGGCCUACUCCGACAAUACUGCAAGGAAUGGCGGCCGGAACUCUACUAUACGUGGUUUUCUUCGAGGUGUUAGCACGCGAGAGGGCUAACGAGAAAAGUGGCCUCUUACAGUUGACUGCCAUAAUUAUUGGAUUCAUGCUGAUGUUGGGUCUACAAAUCGCGACUGCGCAUUCUCACUCUCAUUCCCAUUCGCAUUCGCACGGUGGACACGUAGACGUACACAGCCACGAGGUUAAUCAUCAGGAGAAUGAUCACGAUCAUAAGCUGGAUUCCCACGAGCACAUCUAUUCAAAUGAAAUGAAUGAACGAAUACUUACCGACAAAAUCUAUAGAGUAACGGAGAGCAUUGCGGAAACUGUCAGCAACGUCCUAUCCUCUACAAUGAAAACACCAACCGAUGUUUCCUUCAGAAGUAAUAGUAACGAAACGACGUUACACUCGAAUCGAAGUUAAAACUCAUUUGCGUGACAGACAUCCUUUGACUGAUUGUGAGUUACUAGUAGUUCUUUCAUGGGACAAAUAUCUUCUGAUUGAUACUUAAUUUCGAGGAUAUGUCAACCGAAUUCAUCGAUUAUUUCGGAACGACGCAUAUAAGUUAGAAGAGUAAAAAGGGUUUCGAUGAAAGGACAGUAUUAUGUUUCUUUGGUUUCAAUCUGGAAGAGGAAAACAAUACUCCUGGUCUACAGUUUACACCCAUUAUGCAGAUGUCACCAAUUGUGCAAGUACAAAUAGUAAACGGUGAUAUUUGCGAAGUACGAUAGAAAUGUAUCUAAAACAACAAGAAACUAUUACCAUUGUCAUUCAAUGGCCAAAUGUGAUACGAUUCACGAGUAUGUAUAGCUGUGCAAUCGCGUUACUUAUUCAUUUUUCUUUCUUUUUUAUUUUUUUUUUUUUUUUUUUCCAUGUAAUAUAAACUGUAUGGAAUAUCCGAUAUCUUUUACAUCAUAAUUAGAUUAGCAAAAGGAGACUAUUUCUUAACUGUUUGUACCAAUAUUUAAAAACUUGCUCAUAUAAUAUUCGUAUUGCGUAACAUCGCAAUGAAAUGAGAUAUAUUUUGGUACCGUCAAAUAUCGAUUCUUCCGAAAGUGAUAACUUUAAUCGUGUUUUUAUGAUUUUAAAUAUUUACAACUUUUGUAUGUAUUAAUAUUUGUCUUUUUUCUACGCAAUUAUUGACAUUACAUGUCAUUAGGAAUGAUAGUAUGUCAUCAUUAAUACGAGAAAGAUUUCAACAUCAAAACAUAAGAAACUGUAUUCUAUAAAUAUUUUCGAUAUCACGUUUCUUGUUCAUUUUUUCAUUUGUAUGCAUAUCAGUGUAAUGUGACAGGUACACUGCUAGGAUUUGUAAACAUAUUUCAAUAACAUACAUAAAUAUCAUUUUCUCAAAUCAAAGAAUCAAUUUUUAAACAUAAAUUAUAUUUUUCAUGAUAUGUACACAAAGCAAUAAAUUGAAAAAAUACACACAAAGUAAAGUAUCACAUCAUUUAAGUAACUAAUUGUACCUGUCAGGGUUUUUCACGGCUUUGUCAUGUCCAUAAUAUUUUACAUUCAAUAUAAAAUAAAUAAUAAUAUAUAAUUUCUUAUAGCAUAAUUAAAUUUGCGACUAUAUGAUAAGAUAUGAACCACUCGAAUUUCAUGUAUAUUUUUAAUACUUUACGUUAAUUUUUAUUUAUUAUCAUUACUCACAUAAUAUAGCAUGAAUGCUAGUAUAUGAACAUGAUUUGUACAUACAGUUAUCCUUCGACAAAUAAGAUGUACACACAUUGUCAUACAAAUAUAUUUUGUAUAUUGCAAAAUUUACUAAUAAAAUAAAGAAAGCUUUGAUAACAAACUAAAA